GCCAUGCGACGAAUUUGCGAGGCCUUCCAACUGCGACCCGAACUGGAGCGGCAGGUUCUUACUCUGGCCCGGCGCCGCGCGCAGGGCUGGCAGGGGGCAGCCUCGGAAUGCUUUGGAUCCCCGAGCGGCAGCGACGGCGAACAGCCGGCCACGCAGUCCAGGCCGGGGCCCUUGCGCAAGUUGGUCCUGGUGGAACACAGCUUCGAUGGCCCAGGCUCAACCAGAUCGACGGCCUCGACAGCAUCCUUCGGAUCGCUCUCAUCGCCUUCCGAAGAUGAGGCCACGAUAAAAGAUCCCAGCGAUUUGCUGUGGCAGGAGAUUGAUUGGUUGAUGGAUUCGACUCAGCGACAUAGCCUCGAUGGUGGACCGAAAAUGGGAAGGGCUCCCUGGCUGCAGCGUGCCCUGCGCACCCUGGACUUGGAUCCGCCUGGCGCGAGGUGCGCAAUGCCGCCUGCGGCAGAGGGCGAGGAGGACGAAGAGCUCAGCCGCAAGCUGGUCACAGCCAUCAUCAACGCAGAACGCCAUGCAGAGUUGUCCGAGACCUUGCAAGAGGUCCUCGGAGAUGAAGGCGGUGUUGACGAUGAUGACGAUGAUAGAGGGCCGCGGCGACAGCGAAGCAUCGAUUUCCAAGAUUCCGACAUCCGCUUUUUCGUCAUCGACCCUCAGGGCGAGGCGAUGGGCGAAGAGUACUGCCGGGCCUUGCACACCAAGGCAAAGAGACCCUGA